GGACUAUUUCAUCGCUCUCUCUCCGGGCUCCCAGUGGAUUAUCCCCCCUCUCUCUCUCUCUCUCUGUGUCAGGUAUUCUGCUAACAUGUCUGGAUCCCCUGUGGGCGACAGCGCUGCGGAGCGUAUCGGAUACAUCACCCGGGUCCAGAGCUUCAGCUCCUGCCACCGGCUCAACAGCAUUCACCUGAGUGAUGAAGAUAAUAAAAAAGUUUAUGGAAAAUGCAACAAUCCCAACGGCCAUGGACACAACUACAAAGUGGAAGUAACAGUACGCGGAAAGAUUGAUAGUCUAACUGGCAUGGUCAUGAACUUAACUGACUUGAAGAGGUGCAUUGAGGAAGUUAUCAUGAUUCCACUGGAUCAUAAAAACCUUGAUAAGGAUGUGCCAUACUUUGCCAGUGUUGUCAGCACAACUGAGAAUGUGGCUGUUUACAUCUGGGACAACAUGGUGAAGGUGCUCCCACCAAACCUGCUCUACGAGAUUAAGAUUCACGAGACCGAUAAGAACAUUGUCAUAUAUCGAGGAGAGUAGAGUAUUGAUGUUAACUUAGAUAACCUUUUACAUAUACAAGUGCCAUUCAUUGCUGAUAAUUUAACUGUACUGUUUGCCUACUGAUGUUUGCAGACUGGUUCGUUCAGUUUUAAGAGUAAAAGGAUAUUUUGAUAUUUGUUCGUUACACUAGCAGGUUUUUUUUUAAACUCUUAAGUUCAUCCUGAGAAGACAGAAAAUGAAGCUUUGCGUUAGUUCAUGCUGGACAAUGAAAUCAUAGGGCAGCCCAAUGAAUGAAUCAUCAUCACCUACAUACCAAUCAAAGCCCAUUCUCACAAUAAUGCGGGCCUUUUAAAUAUGACUCCCGCUUCACUGAUCUCUGAUACGCCGACACUAGCCCCUUUCAUAGUGCCGUUGCGCCUGACGUCUAACACGCCUUCCACUUGGUCCGACAGUCAUCGAAUCACUGUUCACUGCAGCUGCUGGCACUGUCGCUAACUUAGCACAGCGCCCGAUGCUUAUCGUAAACAAACGGCAUGCUAACUGUACACUUGGUGACCGGUGCUGAUCGCUAAGUGAACACAUGCUGCUGCAGCACAUACACACUGUACUGCUACAGAGCUAACUGUGCCGCCUAUUAGCACUGUGCUACUGUGCAGCACUGAUGCUGCUCUGACUAUCGUCUCCUCCCACUGUCCUCCCACCUCAUUCUGCGACGCCAGACUGCACUAUGAAAGGGCACUAUGAACGCCCUAAGGCGAAAAGCCGGCAAAGUUCUUAGAGAUAUAUAUAUAUAGAUAUAUAUAUAUGCAUAUAUAUAUAUAUAUAUAUAGCAGGACAUUUGCAGGACCGUACUAUGAAAGGGGCUACUGUCACACAGUUGUUGCUGCUGCUGCUAAUUGCUAAUUGCUGCUAACUUUAUCGUGCUGAGUCAUAAUGGCUCAAAAUAAACCUUAAAAAUGUGUUUUAAUGGAUUGUUACUGUCCCCCACUAGGGGAGUUUCUGCAUUGCGCUCACUGUUUUGGCUUAACAUGUUGAUGGUCAAAGAGAAUUCUGUAAUGGAACCAUCAGCACCAUAACAUGUUAAUGUUAGACUUUAACAAAUCAAAUCAAAUUAAUGUUACACAUUUUAGUUUGUCUUGCUGGUCACGAUAAUCCCAGCCCCUGACGUAAGUGGUUCAUGGUUCGAGAGUAGCAAAGACUCGGUUUGGGGAACCAGUUUACUUGGUACCAGAUGCUGUAUUUUUCGCUGUUGAAAAGCGAGGAACUGGUUCAAGAUUUGGCAUCAACUCCAAACCGGCCUAAGCCCAACCAACAUUUGAUAUGUUUUUUACUGAUCCCAAUAGUGAUUCCAGAAGGGGGGAAAAAAGCAUCUUCUUAACUACUAAAAUCUUUCCUCCAUGGUUUCCAGGUAUCAAGCUUCCUUGAAUAGCAGCAGUCUUAAAAAGUCGUUAAAUGUCUAAAAUCCAAUCAUUUGAAUUUAAGGCCUUAAAAUGUCUAAAAUUCUCUUAAAAUCUAAUGAAAUGGCUUAAAUAUAUGAUUUUUAAAGGUCUUAUAAUGUAUUAAUGUUACUUUUAUUUAAAACAAAUGUAUAAACUUCAGUCUUGCUUUGAAAUGUUUAGAUUUUUGAGGACGCUAUAACAUAACUACAAAACGGAUGUAAGUACCUGUGCAGCCCGGUUCUGGGCCUCCAAUUUUCUUUCUAGUCUUUUGUACUUUUUUGCCAUUAUGGAUGUGAAAUGGGUCAUAAAUUGUAUUCAUUAUGCUCUUAAAAAGUGUUAAAAAGUCUUAAAUGUGACUUGUUGAAACCUGCAGAGACCCUGGUAAGGAUAUUAGUACAUAUCAGACAAAAUCUACACCUACCGAUAGAUACUGAUAUGACUUUGAUAGGAAAAACAAUUGAUCAUAUUGCCAGCUGACAAUCACGCUCGAUAGAUUUUUAUUUUUCAUCUUCAGUUGCUGGCCUGUGUUUUGUAAUGCAGGCUAGAUACUAAUACACAGUCAGAUUCCAGCACUUUAUCAUCCAUUAAGGAAAUAUCAGUGAAUGAAACUAUGUGAACUUACUGACACUUUCCCCGCUCUGUCUUUUUUAAGUUAAAUGUGCAAUGUCUGCAUAAACAUGCAUUAUUAUAUUUUCAUCUGCUGGAUUAAAAUGGCUUUAUAUGCCAGGUUCAAUCUACUCAGAGCUGAUUGAACGAACUCUGAUCAGCUGUUCUGGAACUGGUGAGUUUUCCAUCUUGGGCUCAGUCAACUCUGUAAAUGGUCUCAAAGUUUGUUCAACCUGCUUCCUGGAAAAGACCCCAGGUCAACCAAAGAGCAAGUUUUGUUUUAUUUAGUUAGAAAUAGAAUUUGUUAGAAGUGUUGUUAAAAAAAAUGUUGAUUUUUAAAUGCCUGAAGAAA